AUGAAGCUUGGAGCGGCGCUUUUGGCUCGCUCCCUCGGAGCUGAAACUUGUUCUGCAAGAUGUGAUGGAGGAGUUACCUCAGAAAACGAGCCAUGUAACACACAACCGUGCUCGAUCUACACAGAUGGUUCAAACAUAUUUGGCAACGGAGGAACCUUUGAUUCCCUCGACGAUUGGACAUGGAACAAAUGCUCCGUUUCUCUUUCCCAGCCGGGCUAUUACUCGGACAACGCUGCUUUCGUUUCUGACAGGGAAACUGCAGGCGCUGUUCUUGCUCAAGAAUUUGACGGAGCAACUCUUCUAGAUCAGGACUACACUGGUCGGGUUUUCUUCAAACCAGCAGCAGGUAAUCAGCCCGGAACGGUGAAAAUGAUGGUGAGAAACAACAAAAAAGCGGACAAUUCAAACAAAUGGAUUGCUAUUUCUCUGACUCAUCAAGUCCCCGCUGGAACAGAAGAUUCCCCUUGGAUGGGAAUCGACAUUGCUUGGAAUCCGCGAGAGAGUGUAAACGGCAAUCCUGCCAAUUUCAACUAUGCGCUGUACUUGGUCUACAAAGGAGACAACAACGAGCUAGAGGACUUCUACCAAGACGAGUCUUUUAUUAUCCCAGCUGGAGAUGCUCCAACCACAACCGCCCCUCCGACGACAACAGGAGAGCCUGUUCCGACAUUUUCCUUCGCGCUUGGGGACACCACUUUCACUGGGGAGUUGACUGAUUUUGGCAAUGUUCACUUCAAAGGAAUCGAAUUCGCGACUGCAGAAAGAUGGCGAGCUCCCGUGAUGACAACUUCGUGGGAAUCCGAGUACGAUGCUACUCAAUGGGGCAAGGUUUGCAUGACACACGGUUGGAAAUCUUGGUGGACUGGAGGAGCUGAUUUCUCUGAAGAUUGUCUGUACAUUAACGUUCACACACGGCCAGAAUACAUUGAGAACGGGGAAAAACGGCCGAUUCUAGCGUAUAUCCACGGUGGUGGUUUAGUCGGAGGAGACAAUCGAAAGAAUUACAAUGAAUUGAUCGAAAAACAAGGCGUGGUGAUGUUUUCAAUUCAAUAUCGCCUCGGCCCUUACGGUUUUCUCUACGAUCACGAUGGGGUAGCGGAAAAUAAGGCAAACUGGGGAUUCCUCGAUCAGCAGAUGGCUCUUCAGUGGAUUCAGCAGUUUGGUGGCUACUUCGGCGGCGAUGUUGAUCAAGUCACACUUGGAGGGUGCUCUGCAGGAAGUUGGUCGACAUGGUAUCAUUUGACGAUGCCCAGCUCUUGGCCAUAUUUUCACAGAGCUAUCACUAACGGAAUCGGCGUCUUUGGCCAGUACGAUGAGCCAGCUAGCAUCGAGGUCAACAGAAUGUACAACGAUUACGUAAUGGACGAGCUUGAUUGUCCAGACGUUGAGUGCCUCCGUACAAAAACUGUCGAUGAACUCAAUUUCUACUUCACUGGCAUUUCGAAUCAGUUUAACAUCCCUGAAGUUCUCCACGAACAUUUUUACGGGCCGCAUGUGGAUGGAGUUUUAGUGUUCAAAACACCUCUUGAAGCGCUGUAUGAUGGGGACAUAAGAAAGAAUACUCCCAUUUCCUGGAACUACAACCGCGAUGACUCGUGGAAUCUACUCGGUGGAAAACUCAACAGCGCUCUAGGCUCUAUGGUCGAAUUUGAAGACCGACUCGACGAGUUGAUUGCCAUUCAAACAUCCUCUGGCUUCGAAUUUCCCUCAAAUCUCACCGACCAGUUGUUUGCCACGACUUACGGCCAGGAACUCUGGGAGAAGCAUCUCAUCGACGUCUUUGGCUGCCCAGAUGGAGAACAUGGCGAGGUAAUGGAUUGCAAAUAUACGAUGAACAGAUUCACAACGGCCAAAAAAUGGACUUGCAAUACUCAAUACGGCUUUACCGGUGCCCCGCUUACGGACCCUGAAAUCGGCCCAAUCUACCCCCUUGAGCUUCAUAAGGAAAACUGUGAAGAUCUCACGCUUGCCUGCCACUGUCAGGACGCAAGCUGGGUUUUCGGAAACAAUAACAUCCACAACGGCUUGCCUGAAAUCGAGAGAACUUACCGACAAGCCGGGCGAGAUUAUUGGGGACAAUUUAUUCGAAACGGAACUUUCCCAGAAAACAAUUCAUUCGGAGAAAUGAAGAAUAUCAAGGAACUUGACGGCAAAAUUAAUCUGGUCGAUGAAAACGGUAUCGUCCACGACUUCGCCUACGAGGAGGAAUGCAACGCGCUCAAUGCUCUUGGAGAUGAAAUCGGGCACAUGAGAGUUUAUCAAGAUGGAUAUUACCAUACUUUCGACGGCAAUGGUUCAACUUCGAAAUCACCCAAAAAGCGGACUGAAACAUGUUCCGCUCGUUGUGACGGAGGUGUAACGAUUGCAAACGAGCCUUGCAAUAUUGAACCAUGCUCUGUUUACACUGAUGGAUCGAACAUCUUCGGCGAUGGCGGAACCUUCGACUCCAUGGAUGAUUGGACUUGCGCGACUGCUCAAUGCUCUGCUUCGAUUGUCCAGCCAGGCUACUACUCUGACAAUGCCGUUUUCGUCUCUGGUCGAGGCACUCCUGGUGCAGUUCUUGCUCAAGAAUUUGACGGGACUACUCUCCUUGAUCAGGAUUACAUCGGCCGCGUUUUCUUCAAACCAGCAGCUGAGAAUCAACCUGGAUGGGUGAAGAUGAUGGUCAGAUGCAACAAAAAGUCAGACAACUCGAACAAAUAUCUUGCUAUUUCUGAAACAUACUCUGUUCCAGCCGGGACGAAGGAUUCUGUCUGGAUGGGAAUCGAUAUCGAUUGGAAUCCGAGAGAAAGUGCGAACGGAAACCCAGACAAUUUCAACUACGCAUUGUACUUGGUCUACAAAGGCAACAACAACGAACUCGAGGAUUUCUACCAAGAUGAGUCAUUUAUCGUUCCCGCUGGUGGUGCUACAACAACUGCGCCUCCUACGACGACUUCAACAACAAGCUCGCCACCUGACGGCACUUUCUCAUUUGCUCUCGGGGACACCACUUUUACGGGAGAAUUGACAGCAGAAAACAAUGUACAUUUCAAAGGCAUCAAGUACGCCACUGCUGAAAGAUGGAGAUCUCCGGUAAUGAAAACAAGUUGGGAAGCGACUUAUGACGCGACUGAAUAUGGCCAGAUAUGCAUGACUGACUGGUGGAAAUCAUCCUCCCCUAAUGCCGAUGAAUAUUCUGAAGACUGCCUCUACAUGAAUGUAAUCACAAAGCCCGAGUACAUCCAAAACGGCGAGAAAAAACCAAUCCUUGCGUUUAUCCACGGCGGCGGACUGGUCGGAGGAGAUAAUCGAAGAGAAUACAACCUAUUGGUCGAUACUGAAGAUGUAGUCCUUUUCUCGAUGGCAUAUCGCGUCGGACCGUAUGGGUUUUUGUAUGAUCACGAUGGCCCAGAAGAACACAAAGGCAACUGGGGAUUCCUCGAUCAGCAAGUGGCCCUUCAGUGGAUUCAACAAUUUGGCGAGGCCUUUGGCGGUGACAUUGACCAAGUAACGAUUGGUGGGUGCUCAGCUGGAAGUUGGUCGACUUGGUACCAUCUCACAAUGCCCAGCUCCUGGCCAUAUUUCCACAGAGCAAUUUCAAACGGAAUCGGGGUUUACGGCCAGUACGACGAGCCGACGAGCAUCGAAGUGAACAAAAUGUGGAACGAUUACGUCGCUGAACAAGUGAAUUGCCCAGAUGUUGAUUGUCUCCGUACCAAAUCGGUUGACGAUUUGAAUAAGCAUUUUGCAGGCGUCGGUGGACUUGGAGGAAUCAACAUUCCAGAAGUAUUCCACGCUACUGGAUUUGGACCACAUGUGGAUGGAAUUUUAGCCAGCAAGACUCCUCUUGAAGCGCUUUUCGAUGGAGAAGUCAGAAAAAAUACGCCGAUUUCAUGGAAUUACAAUCGAGAUGACGUUUGGAAUCUUCUUGGAAACAGGCUUCCUGGGAUCAUUGGCUCGAUGGUCGAGUACCAUGACAAAGUAGACGUGUUGGUUGAUGUCCAAACAGCGUCUGGUUUCUUCUAUCCAUCAAAUUGGACGGAUGCGAUGCUCAAGACAACUUUCGGAGAAGAACUUUUCAACCGUCACCUCGUCGACCUCUUUGGCUGCCCAAAUGGAGAAAAUGGGGAAAUCGUGGACUGCAAACCAAAAAUGAAUCGAUACAUGAACGCUCAAAUGUGGAGCUGCAACACCCAAUAUGGCUUUUCUGGCGCUCCAAUGACCGAUCCCGAUAUCGGACCAAUUUAUCCACUCGAGCUUUUUAAAGAAAACUGCGUCGCAAAUACAAGAGCAUGCCACUGUCAAGAUGCAGCGUGGGUUUUUGGAAAAAACCCAAUCGCAGGAAAUCAACUUGAAAAGGCUUGGCGACAGGCUGGUCUCGAUUUUUGGGGACAAUUCAUUCGAAACGGAACUUUCCCAGAAAACCACUCCUUCGGACAGAUAAAAAAUAUCAAAGAACUGAACGGAAAAAUCAAUCUUGCGGACGAAAACGGAAUCAUUCAUGAUUAUGGAUACGAAGAAGAAUGUAACGCACUCAAUGCUCUUGGCGAUGAAAUCGGGCACAUGAGAGUCUAUCAAAAUGGAUACUACCAUACUUUUGAUGCUAAUGGUCACCAGGGCAAGUUCUAG